CCACAUGAUCAACAACACGACACCGUUUUGAAAUAACUUCCCAUCCUCACCUUCCUAAAAUUAAAAAAAAAAAAAAAACACAUAGUAGAUCAGAGACGGUUAUCAUCUUCCUCGAUGGAUUCUAAAACCUUUUCAUUGAUACUACUGAUUACUUCAUCAAUUCUAUGCAUUCAACCUAGGGCCGAUGGAACUCACUCAGUUUACUUCCUCGAUAGCUCAUCUCACUCAUAUUUUCACUCUCGAUCAUCUCAGUCCAAAACAAUGUCACUUCCGGAAGUAGGUGCUGCUGUUUCAGUAUUGCUUGGUUUUGCACCUCCUUCAACAUUGUCCUCUGCCAGCUCAGAAAAGUUAAAUGAGGUGCUUUUGCCUAACCCCUUUAAUAGGCCUCAUGCUGUUUUCUUCCUAGAGAUCACUGGAUUUCGAGAUAUGCAGCCUGAGCUCGGAUUCAAGAGUAAUAUUUUCAGUAAAGCCUUUAAGAGUGAAGUUGCUAUCGGAACUGCUGAAAUUCAAUUUUCUGAUGAAGAUGAGUUGACUCUAUUCCCUUUGAAUAAACCACUUCCCGAGGAUCUGACCGACAAUGAUUUAACCAAUUUUGCUUCUUGGUUGGGUGGAUCCUAUGUUAAUACCGCACCCGAGCCAUUGAGUGGAGAGUUGACCAUCCCUUUGGCAAAUGAUGUUCAAUUAAAGCUUCACAUCUCAAAAAACGCAGACCGAGAAUUUAUAACGAGCAUCAUUUCUCUAUUCCAUAAUGUCAGGGAACUAACAGCAGUCCCUAUGUGUUCACCUGAAAAUAUGCCAGCAGAAUUGAUGAAAGGAAGAUUUGAUGGUUUUAAGGAUUUCCAAUAUCACUACGGAACAGAUGAAAUCGUUCAGAAAGGUGCUGAAUUGUUGGUGACAUCAGUAUCCAAGAUGUACGACUACUUGCAACGAUCCCAAGGUCGUAUUGUUGGGGUAGUUGUUUUUAUUGAUUCACCCGCUAAAGAAUCCAAUACAAUGCCAACCUUAAAUUUCACAAAAGCAUCUCCAAGGUGGUUGGAGGAAAAAGAAGGUUCCCGUGAUGCAGCAUUGAUCGCAGAAAUGCUUCUUGUCAGACGGACCUUAGCAUGGAUCACCGGCAUAAUUCUUAUAAUUGCCACUCUUAUGGGGGUAUGGUUCCUCAUGUAUAUGCCGCUCACGAGAGACACCCUUUUGUAUUCUAACGUCAAGCUCGACUAGACCGGGACUCAAUUUGCAUUCUAAACUUUGUUGCUUGUCAAGCAAGAAACAAUGUAUCAUCACUCAUCAACCUUUAUAUUACUGUCUCAUGAAUUUUGAAACAUAAGUAAAA